UUUUCCAAGAUCUCGCUUUUGUAGCUUGUAUCACUUUGAAUAAACCUGUUAUACAACAAGGCUCGUAUGUUUCAUCAAGGAGCACCAGAUGUGAAACAGCAUGAAGUGUGUCCAAUUCCCAAACCUAACGUGAACUCUCAGAUGGAACGAAGGGAAGAGUUGGAGGUGCCGGAUCUCCAGGGCACUGAGAAGACGGAGAUUCUGAAACACAGCUGCAGGGGUGCUCCUGCGGAAGAUCCUGAGCAAGUGGACCCAAACAGGAUGUUUUCAGAAAGAGCCAAAAGAAAUGUUUCCCACAGUCCUGAUCAGAGUCAGCACAUAUCAGAGAGGGAUCAGAGAAAUCACAAAGGGGGGAGAGAGGAAAAAUCCAAUGACCACCAGGGAGGUUUCAGUGUUCUUAAUGAAACCACGAUCCAGCUGAGAGUCCACAUGGGGGAAAGAUCCUACGAGUGUGCUGAAUGUGGGAAAGCCUUUAGCUGGAGAUCACACCUUACUGCCCAUGAGAGAAUCCAUACAGGAGAGAAACCCUAUAAAUGUCUGGACUGUGGGAAAAGUUUUAGUCAGAGAUCCCACCUUACUACACAUGAGAGAAUCCACACUGGUGAGAAGCCCUAUGAAUGCCCUGACUGCAAGAAAAACUUCCGUCGCAACUCACAGCUUAUUAAUCAUCUGAAAUCCCACACGGGACAGAAGCCAUAUAAGUGUCCUGACUCUGGGAAAAGCCUCCGGCGCACUUCACACCUUACUGCGCACAGCGGAGAGAAGGCUUAUCAAUGCCCAGACUGCAAGAAAAGCUACAGUCAGAUGUCACACCUCGUUAGACAUCAAAGGUUCCACACAGGAGAGAAACCCUACAAGUGCCUGGACUGUGGGAAAAGCUUCUGUCAGAGUUCAGACCUUAUUACGCAUCAGAGAACCCACACGGGGGAGCAGGCCUACACAUGCUCUGAGUGUGGGAAACAGCUCAAUAGAAUCUCACACCUUGUUGCACAUCAUCGAUCCCAUGCUGGAGAGGCGCCUUACCAGUGCCCUGACUGUGAGAAAAGCUUCAGUCAGAUGUCGCACCUCAUUAGACAUCAGAGGUUCCACAAAGGAGAGAAACCCUACAAGUGCCUGGACUGUGGGAAAAGCUUCUGUCAGAGUUCAGACCUUAUUACGCAUCAGAGAAUCCACACGGGAGAAAAGCCCUAUAAAUGCUCCGAGUGUGGGAAAGGAUUCAGUCGGAGCUCAAACCUUAUUGCCCACCAGAGAACCCACACGGGAGAGAAACUCUAUCAGUGCUCCCACUGUGGGAAGAGCAUGACCCGGAGUUCAAACCUCGUUCGACAUCAGAGAACUCACACCAGGGGAAAACUUUAUAAAAAAAGCCUGGAUCCAGCCUAGCCAUUGUGAAUAAUACACUGGCCUUUUUCCAUUAAUGAUGGUGGUGUUUGGACCCAGUUACUCAAAGGAGGCUCCUAAUUUCUGUUGAAAUCAAUAGAAGUCAGGAGCAUAAAUAGCUUUUGAGAAUCUUGGCUUUGGCUCCAGUAUAUGUCCGGGGUCAGGAGAUAGCAGCAGGGAGGGUGGGAACCAGAAUGGAUUGUUCUGGAGGGCACAGUUGCUUGGGAGUUGUGGCACAGAUGAUAAACACAGGCAUAUCUUCAAAGACCAUUAUACUGAGAUAGACCAUGCACAUGAAUCUGUGGAAUGUUCAUCAACCUUUGUAUCGAUGCAGCAUGUGUUUUCACAUGUUCUUCAAAUCUGUAGGGAGUGAUUAAUGCAAAACUUCCAAACCUGGCUAUGUAGAUGUCCAAUCUUUGAAGUCUGACCUCCUAGGCUAUAGGGGGAGUUAUUAAAACUAGUAACUAACUCAGCUUCCCUGAACAGAAGAUUCUCUCACAGUGAUCAGGUUGAUUAUUAUAUUGAAUUCACUGGAUUUGACUAUUACUUUCAGCAAACUGAAUAUUCUCUGUUAAGUUCUUACAUUUACCUUUUUUAUCUUGCUUUUCCUUUUUCUCUAGAACCAUCUUUCUUUUGUUUUCUGCAAUUUCUGACUUAUUCUUAAUAGCAUUCUAGUCCAUUCAGGAGCACCAAUGGACUGGUUUGGGUUUGCAAUGUCCUGAACUGGACACUGGAAACAGAACUGGGAUGAUGUGUUUUUUUCUGACUUUAAAUGCAGAGGAAUAAAGUGCAACCGUGUUUCCAAAACUCUGAGUCUUACAACACAAGUGAAAAUGGGGUGAUAUUGGGGCCUGUAGGAAAGCCUGUCGGUAAUACUGUCAUAGCGCUGAAAAUCU